UCACAUAUAUGCGGCCAUGCGGGACGUCUUAUUCAUUUGAAUGGACUCCCAUGCCCCGUGACACGCACGGUGGAAGUCCCUGCGCUUCUUCUGAAAACGCAGCCCACGCGGGAACCUCGGUUCCCAGUACGGUUGCGUUUUCCAGUGCGGGCGGCGUGCCAUUAGAACUAAUGGCACCUGCGCACAGGUCCACAUUCCUCUGCGCAGGUGGUGCGGCUGUACUGAUUUUUGGCACCACCUGCGCAUAUGUGACCCUAGCCUAAAAGCCUAU